GCUGUGGGAAGCCGAGUUCCCGGCCCCCCUAGCCUCGGCCCCCUGGUCUGACCGCGCCGGGACCUCCCCAGCCGCGCUCCCUUUCCGCGCGCUCCUCACAUCUCUCCGGUGCUGCAGCCGGGCCGAGGCCCGUCCGCGCGGCCCACGGGCCCAUUGUGUCCCCGAGCCGGCGGGGCGACCCCUGCGGGAACUGGAGAACGGCCGCCGGGCGCCUGAAGGAACGGGUCUCGCGGGCAGGGGACCCGGGCGCCCCCGGCCCCUCCACAUCCCGCACGGGUUUACUUCUCGGCCCUAGCGAGCCUCUUUGGCGUCGAGGUCAAGGAAAGUUCGCACCGAAAUCCCCUCUAAUUUAUUCAAAGGUUUGGCGGCGGCGCGUAAUUUUUUCCCCCUCUUCCGCCUACACCCGCUGCGUCUCCUGGUGUCUCAUUCCUUUCCCUUUACCGCAGUCGAUUGCCUCACUGCAUGUGUAUUCGUGCUGACUUUGGGUUAUUUUUUGAAACGCUAGGAAUGGUAAUUUCUACUUUUCUGGACUUCAAACUAAGAAGUUAAAGAGAGUCCUCUGUAACAAAUCUCUUCUGCUGUCCUUUUGCAUUUGGAGACUCCUUUAUUUCACCAUAUCCAAGGAGUAUAUAACGAGUGCUGUCAUUAUGAAUGUGACAAGUUUAUUUUCCUUUACAAGUCCAGCUGUGAAGAGACUUCUUGGGUGGAAACAGGGCGAUGAAGAAGAAAAAUGGGCCGAGAAAGCUGUUGAUGCUUUGGUGAAAAAACUGAAGAAAAAGAAAGGUGCCAUGGAGGAACUGGAAAAAGCCUUGAGCUGCCCAGGGCAACCGAGUAACUGUGUCACCAUUCCCCGCUCUCUGGAUGGCAGGCUGCAAGUCUCCCACCGGAAGGGACUGCCUCAUGUCAUUUACUGCCGUGUGUGGCGCUGGCCCGAUCUUCAGAGCCAUCAUGAACUAAAACCACUGGAAUGCUGUGAGUUUCCUUUUGGUUCCAAGCAGAAGGAGGUCUGCAUCAAUCCCUACCACUAUAAGCGAGUAGAAAGUCCUGUCCUUCCUCCUGUGCUGGUUCCAAGACACAGUGAAUAUAAUCCUCAGCACAGCCUCCUAGCUCAGUUCCGUAACUUAGGACAAAAUGAACCUCACAUGCCACUCAACGCCACUUUUCCAGAUUCUUUCCAGCAACCCAACAGCCACCCAUUUCCUCACUCUCCCAAUAGCAGUUACCCAAACUCUCCUGGGAGCAGCAGCAGCACCUAUCCCCACUCUCCCACCAGCUCAGACCCAGGAAGCCCUUUCCAGAUGCCAGCUGAUACGCCCCCACCUGCUUACCUGCCUCCUGAAGACCCCAUGACCCAGGAUGGCUCUCAGCCGAUGGACACAAACAUGAUGGCGCCUCCCCUGCCUUCAGAAAUCAACAGAGGAGAUGUUCAGGCAGUUGCUUAUGAGGAACCAAAACACUGGUGCUCUAUUGUCUACUAUGAGCUCAACAAUCGUGUGGGUGAAGCAUUCCAUGCCUCCUCCACAAGUGUGUUGGUGGAUGGUUUCACUGACCCUUCCAACAAUAAGAACCGUUUCUGCCUUGGGCUGCUCUCCAAUGUUAACCGGAAUUCCACUAUUGAAAACACCAGGCGGCAUAUUGGAAAAGGAGUUCAUCUUUAUUAUGUUGGAGGGGAGGUGUAUGCCGAAUGCCUUAGUGACAGUAGCAUCUUUGUGCAAAGUCGGAACUGCAACUACCAUCAUGGAUUUCAUCCUACUACUGUUUGCAAGAUCCCUAGUGGGUGUAGUUUGAAAAUUUUUAACAACCAAGAAUUUGCUCAGUUAUUGGCGCAGUCUGUGAACCAUGGAUUUGAGACAGUCUAUGAGCUCACAAAAAUGUGUACUAUACGUAUGAGCUUUGUGAAGGGCUGGGGAGCAGAAUACCACCGCCAGGAUGUUACUAGCACCCCCUGCUGGAUUGAGAUACAUCUGCAUGGCCCCCUCCAGUGGCUGGAUAAAGUUCUUACUCAAAUGGGUUCACCUCAUAAUCCUAUUUCAUCUGUGUCUUAAAUGGCCCCAGGCAUAUGCCUCUUGAAAACUAUUGAGCCUUGCAUGUACUUGAAGGAUGGAUGAGUCAGACACGAUGGAGAACUGACAAAGGAGCCUUGAUAAUACUUGACCUCUGUGACCAACUGUUGGAUUCAGAAAUUUAAAAAAAAAAAAAAAAAAAAAUCUUGGUAACAUACUAUUGAUAUCAAGAACCUGUUUAGUUUACAUUGUAACAUUCUAUUGUAAAAUCAACUAAAAUGCAGAGUUUUAGCAGGAUUUUGUGUAUAGUUAAAGGGGAGAUGGCCAGGCCAGGGACAAAUUAUCUAUUAGAAAACAGUCCUAAGAGAUUCUUUUGUGUUUGGCACUUUAAGGUCAUCAUUGGGCAGAAGUUUAGCAUUAAUAGUUGCUCUGAAACAGGUUUAGAGCCCAUGUUGAGUCUUCUUUUCAUGGGUUUUCGUAAUAUUUUAAAACUAUUUGUUUAGCAAUGGUUUUGUUUGUUUAAGUAAAGGUUAAUCUUGAUGAUAUACAUAAUAAUCUUUCUAAAAUUGUAUACUGACCAUACUUGCUGUCAGAAUAAUGCUAGGCGUAUGCUCUUUGCUAAAUAUGUAUGUACAGAGUAUUUGGAAGUUAAGAAUUGAUUAGACUAGUGAAUUUAGGAGUAUUUGAGGUGGGUGGGGGAGGAGGGAAAUGACAACUGCAAAUGUAGACUAUACUGUAAAAAUUCAGUUUGUUGCUUUAAAGAAACAAACUGACGUCUGAAUUUUGCUGUGUUUCCAUUUUUUUUUUUUUAGAGAUUUUUAUUAUUUUUUUCUCUUGUUUGGCAUUCUUUUAUCUCAUCCUCUUCAAAAAGCAGUUCUGCAGCUGGUUAAUUCAUGUAACUGUGAGAGCAAAUGAAUAAUUCUUGCUAUUCUGAAAUUGACUGCCUACAUGUUUCAAUACCAGUUAUAUGGAGUGCUUGAAUUUAAUAAGCAGUUUUUAUGAAGUUUACGAUACAGAAAUAGGCUUUAAUUUUCAAGUGAAUUUUUUGCCAAACUUAGUAACUCUGUUAAAUAUUUGGAGGAUUUAAAGAACAUCCCAGUUUGAAUCCAUUUCAAACUUUUAAAAUUUUUUUGUACUAUGUUUGGUUUUAUUUUUCUUCUGUUAAUCUUUUGUAUUCACUUAUGCUCUCGUACAUUGAGUACUUUUAUUCCAAAAUUAAGUGGGUUUUCUCUACUGGAAAUUUUCAAUAAACCUGUCAUUAUUGCUUA